UUGUCGCCACAUUUAAGUCGGCUAUACUGUCACAUGCAUGUGGGAUGCUUAAAAUCGCUGUGCGCGUCAGAGGACGAGAGGAGGGUCUGUUUGCGCGCUCCCGUGCGUGCCCACCUCCUGUUUGCCAUCCGAUCAUAGUCCUGUCUAUUCGCUGACUCAGUGCCUUAAGCAGCAUCACAACUCACCUGAACAGAGCUACAGCAUCCUCUGCGGAGAAAUACAUCAGCCAUGGCCAAAACAGCAACCGCAUAUAAAGAGAAGAUGAAGGAGCUGUCUGUCCUCUCCCUCAUCUGCUCCUGCUUCUACCCAGAGUCACGCAACAAGCUUGUGUGUGAGUUUGAAGACAUGGAGGUGAAAGCUAUAAACAAGCGAUCCUCUGGCCAGGCCUUUGAGGUGAUUCUCAAGCCUCUGUCUCCAGUGUCAGAUGUAACCCACAGCCUCCCCUCACCCCCCAAGAGAGAUAUCUCCUUGGAGGACAUUGAGAAGAAACUGGAGGCUGCUGAAGACCGGAGGAAGUUUCAGGAGGCCCAGUUGCUGAGGGCUUUGGCAGAAAAGCGAGACCAUGAGAGGGAAGUGUUGCUAAAGGCCAUGGAGGAGAACAGCAACUUCAGUAAAAUGGCCGAGGAGAAGCUCCAGAUGAAGAUGGAGCAGAUCAAGGAGAACCGUAAAGCCCACCUGGCAGCCAUGAUUGAGCGUCUACAGGAGAAGGAGAGACAUGCAGCUUUGGUGCGUAAGAACAAGCUGACAGCAUGAGCCUCACACAAGUCCUGACUUCCAUGGUCCAUCAACGUCCCUCCAUCCAGUCCCGCCCUCCUCUGAACAGACACCCAACCCUAUAGAGGCCGAGAGGUUCAAGGACCCCACCACCACAUCACAACACACCACACCACCAGUACUCACCACUAUCAGUAUAAUCAGUGAUUACAAACAUCAAUAACACA